AUGGAUCUGUUAGUAAAAACUGCUUUUCGUGCCUACAUAUAUCUAUCUAUCUAUCUAUCUAUCUAUCUAUCUAUCUAUCUAUCUAUCUAUCUAUCUGUAUCCAAAGAAGAAGAAAAGCUUUUCUCUCUAAAGUUUUCUUUCCUCUCUCUCUCUCUCUCUCUCUCUCUCUCUCUCUCUCUCUUCCACUUUCUCCCGUUUCUUUUUCUUUUCGUCUUUCUCUUUUUUCUAUCUCUUUUCUCUCUCUUUUCUUUCUCUUUCACGUUUUCACUUUUCCUCUUUCUUUGUCUCUCUCUUUUCUCCCUCUCUCUUUCUCCUUUCUCUUUUCUCUCUCUCUUUCUAUUUCUCUUUUCUCUCCCUCUCUCUCUCUCUGUUUCUCUCUCCCUCUCUUUGUUUCUCUUCUUUCUAGAAUUUCUCUUGAUGACCUUCCCAAGUUUUCCCUAUGUUGCUUUUCACAUCAUUCCAAAAUGA